CUCUCCACAUUGUUCUCUUCUUUUGAGAGAAGGGAGGAAUAUCUGUGGCCGAGAGGGAAACACUGCCAAGUUUCAAAAGAACCGCCACCCCUCCCCUCUCUCUCUCUACACCGGCCUAGUACCUUCAAUCCUCUCUCUUAUUUACUACUGGUUGCCCCCAUCCUCCAUUUCUUGGUCGCCGUGCGCAGACAGAGCUCCGAGAAAGAAGUACUGCCUAACCUGCUGCUAGUUGUGUUUGCUUCCAUCUUUCUCCCUCCCUCGUUUCCUCUCUGGUGAUUCGCCAACAACAAGCAGUGUUGGUAGUCUCUUCAAUGCAAGAAAGUAUCAGCGGAAGGUAGCCUCGGUGAGUUUCGUCAAGCUCGUCGCUGUCUCCGAAAGAAAAGUCCUUGCAGCGAGCGGUAGAGGAUAUAAUGGCCUCCAAGGAAGAGGCGGGCGGGGGAGAGAGGGCAGAGGAUUUUCGUCGUCCUGCUUCUGACGAGGAAGUGCAAGGAGUGGAGCAAGAAGAGAGCAAGAGAAGCCCCAGCGAACAGGCUGACGAGGAUUGCGACAACAGUGGGUCAGUAACCGCUGCCCCUGCGCCAAGUGAAGAUCCCAGUGAGGGGCACAGCAGUGACAGCAGCAACCAAUGUGCUGGUUCUGACGGAGGUGCCAAAGAGGUGCCUGAAAUGGAUUCCAAGGGAAGCAACUACGACAACUCUGAGUGCAUCGACCAGAGCUCUCCACGUGCUGUAUUGGAUAUAUCGGUAUCGGGUAGCGUGGACUCUGACGAGAACUCCUCCACUGAGCAGACAGCAGAGCCCAGCCGCAGUUUGCACUGGAGAAAUCUGGUCGGUGGACUAAUACUGUCGAGGAAGAAGUUGAUGGCUAGAGCAGUGACAUUCCCUCAGAGAUCCAAGAGCUCCGGGCUUAAAAGGUACCUGGGGAGGAUCCGGAGUGGUAGGAACCAGAUAGACUGCAGUGCCAUUGCCCCAGAGAUCUUCCCUGAAAUUGAGAAGUGGAGGCCAUCAUGGAGAAGCUUUGACUACGAUGAGCUCUGUGCUGCAACUGACAGAUUUAGUUCAGAUAAUUUGAUCGGAAAGGGAGGGCAUGCUGAGGUGUACAGAGGACAGCUUGCUGAUGGACAGUUUGUGGCAGUGAAGAGACUAACAAAAGGUGGUAACAAAGAGGACAGGAUUAGCGAUUUCCUAUCUGAGCUUGGAAUUAUAGCACAUGUUAACCACCCAAAUGCGGCACAGCUCUUGGGGUUCAGUGUGGAAGGUGGCUUGCACUUGGUUCUUCAAUUCUCACCACAUGGAAGCUUGGCUUCUGUUCUCCAUGGUGCAAAGGGAGCCCUCAGGUGGAAGGCCCGGUUCAGUAUUGCACUUGGAAUCGCUGAAGGGCUAUUUUAUUUACAUGAAGGUUGUCAUCGGCACAUCAUUCACAGAGACAUCAAGGCUUCAAAUAUUCUUUUAACUGAAGAGUAUCAACCUCAGAUUUCAGAUUUUGGCCUUGCGAAAUGGCUUCCUGAUAAAUGCACCCAUCAGGUUGUGUUCCCCAUUGAAGGCACAUUUGGGUAUAUGGCUCCAGAGUACUUCAUGCAUGGGAUCAUAAAUGAGAAGACCGAUGUAUUUGCAUAUGGAGUAUUGCUUCUUGAACUAGUGACAGGGCGGAAAGCGGUGGACUCUUCCAGACAAAGCCUAGUAAUAUGGGCAAAACCGCUGCUCGAGUCGAACAACAUGAAGGGACUAGUGGAUCCUUCUCUUGAUGCUGGAUAUGACCCAGAAGAGAUGGCACUCACCCUAGCAGUGGCAUCGAUGUGCAUUCACCACAGCUCAAACUUGCGGCCUAGCAUGAGAUCGGUGGUCCGUUUCUUGAAGGGAGACAGAGAAUCACUUGAACUGAUGGGGAAGCCUAAACCCACGAAACCCCCUAUGUUUGACUCCUGUGAUUCAGAAGAUUACACUCGCACAAGUUACCUCAAUGAUCUGGACAAGCACAAACAGCUUGCCUUGGAGCAGUAAAUCUAGUUGGCUUUGGACAGAUUUUGUCAUUUUUUGUACAUUGUCACUGCCUACAUUGUGAUCCUCCUGCUUUCCAGAGAUGCUCAAAGAUUGUAUGGAUAGAAGUGAGGGAUCAAUACUUGCUGGUUGAUGAUUUAAGGUGUCAAUUUGGCUUCCAAUCCUUAUUGCAGGCUGUGAUACCAUGAUCUGUAUGACCAGGACCUUGUGUCAAGUGCUGCUGCCCUAGUGACAGCAUAUCAUUAUUCCUCAGAUGGGAAAGUGUUUAGGUAUAGAAGAAUGUAUGUAUUUGGAUCACGUGCAGGGUUAAUUCAUGUGUCCUUGUUGUGAGCU